UUAUUAUCACAAAAAUCGUGUGGACAAUUUAGACAGGGAGGCAUUUUGUGCAAUGAUGAAAUUUUGAACCAUUUCUCCCGUGUAAACUUGCAUAUCUUAUUUUCUCCUCACGAACAUCUCUCGUAGCAAAUCAUUUGUCUUGACAUCAAAAGACAGUUUAUAUUUCUUCAAGAAUACGUGCUAAGAGAAACGAAUUCUUACUAUAUAUUGCAUGUUAAACAUUUGAUAUUAAACACAGUUUUGGGGGGUCACUUGGGAGGGGGAAUUUUGCCACCCCCAGUUUCCUGUGUUGGUAGAUAUAUCCCAUUGACUAGAAAAUCACAUAUUUGUGACUCAGUCACGUAUUUGUAAAUAUUUAAUUAUAGCUGAAGCUUAGGAAAUCAGAAAGCUUGAUGGCGGGUUGGGAGGUAUGAGAAGGGUACGCUUCUUUAAGACAGGGAGUCAGUUUAGAAUCUGCACUGUUUUCUGAGAUGGGGAAGGAGGGGGGAGACAGGAGCAGCCGUGGGAGGUCACGGCCAAGAGGGACUGGAUCCUGCCCCCAGGGACCGCCAUGGACUAGGCGAGGAUGCUGAGCGCUCCUCUGGAGGCUGAGGAGCCAGCAGAGACCGGCGGCCCAGAGGAUGGGAGGGCCGGGACCACCCCCCAGAAGGUGGCCGGACUCUCCAGGGAGGACAGCCAGGCCCAGGAGAUGCUGCGACUGCAGCAGCAGAUCUCUGAGCUCCGGGAGGUGGUCAGGAGGCAGGAGGCUUGGUGGGCUGCGGCUCACCGCCGACUCCAGAACCAGAUAGAUGCUCUGCUGACACAGAACCUGGAGCUGCUGCGGGAUGGACCGAGAGCCUCAGAGCUGCAGCGACUGGAGGCCAAAAAGACUCACACAGCCUCCCACCCCCCAAGAAGGAAAUCCGACAUGCUGGUAUCAGAAUCUAAUUUUGGAAAAACUCCACCUCCGACCGCUGAUGAGGAAAUAGCACCCAAACACGCGGGCCGCCAAAGUCACAGUGCUACUUUCGUAGGACAAAGGCCGUCGUCUCAAAACCCAAUAAGUAUAAAGAUAGAAAGAAUUGACUCAGGGAAAAGAAUGUCAUGUGGAGACGGAGAUAAAACUCUUUCCAGAAGUCUUCAAGUCAGAAGUGCAAUGCCCACUGGGAGGGACAUUCCUUCUGAAGACGAGCCCACUGUGUUUGAGGAUGAAAAGCUCCCAGUUUUUGAUCUUGAGGCCCUCCAGCUGAAGGGGCAGUGUCAGGUUUGUGACUGUCAUUGCCCCCAGGCUGCACACCCAUCUUCCCAAAGUCUGCAAAAAUCGAACGGCAGGAAGUCCCCAGUGCCAGCUGCGAAUGUCGUGCUCAAGGAGGACGAGCCAGCCGCAGACGGAAAUGACACGAGCACAUCGCCCUCCCAGAGUCCUGUGGGCAGCUCUCCCGCCCAGGUGCAGACUGAUGAGUUCCCCGGGUCCUCCCCGAACGUGGCCGAGCCCCAGAAUCUUCCUGUAGAAGCGGUAUCUUCCCCAAAUGCAUUACAACACGUGGACACUAAGAUAAAAAAGGAGGAAAAAGCAGAAGAAAUACAACCCCCAGACGGCCAGGUGGAGCAGGCGCUCAGUGACAGCUGUAAAGUCAUCAACUUCUCGAAAGGCACAGAGAAGGACACGAGUGUUGACAAGAAGACCACCAACACCAGUGCUGAGAAGAAGACCACGGUCCUGCGGUUUCUUAACGGGGAGGUGAAGAAGAUCCUUCCAGAUCAGAGAGUGAUAUAUCAUCAUGCGAGUGCUCAGACGACGCACACGAUCUAUCCCAAUGGUUUGGAAGUGGUGCAGUUUCCUAACGGGCUGACAGAAAAAUUCUAUCCUGAUGGCUCAAAGGAAAUCAUGUUUCCGGAUGGGACAGUGAAACAUCUUAAAGACGGACAAGAAGAGAUUGUAUUUCCUGACGGGACAACUGUGAGUGUGGAAAGGAACGGCGACAAAACCAUCGUGUUCAGCAACGGGCAGAGGGAAAUCCACACGGCCCAGUUCAAGAGGAGGGAAUACCCCGAUGGCACCAGCAAGACUGUGUAUUGCAACGGCCACCAGGAGACCAAGUACGCCUCUGGUAGGGUUAGGAUCAAAGACGAGACUGGAAACAUCAUCCUGGACAAGAAGUAAGACCAUCGCUCAAAACGCAAUAUUACGUGUGAAUUCCAACUGUAUUUUUUGCAAGAACAGAAACAAAAAACUAAUAAUACAUUGACUGUCCCAAAUAAUGGAGAGCCACACAAAAGUUUCAGAUUACCCAAGUCAUCUAGAAAUUGUAAGGGAAGAGACAUCCUACUUCCUGGGUUUCCUGGUUAGGGAAAGUGGUUAGAUCAACACUGGUCAGAGAACAGGAGGCUGAAAGAAUGACGUCUGGGACCCCCAGCAAGAUGGCUUCUUUGCUCAUCUCAAGAACCAGCUCUGCCAUGUGAUGGGCCCAGGAGGGCGGAGGAUGAAGCCUGGUGCUCAGCAGGGCCAGCUCCUCGCGUCAGCUGAUUAACAGGCUCUGGGGUACUCUCACUCCGUGCAGUCUUGUCCUUAGCCCACUCCAGGCGUCCCUCACCCCUCCUGAAUGACGUGAGCUCAGCCUGACUGGUCCCCACCAUCGUCCUGCAGCACCGAUGCCCAUGACUUUGCUGGGCUGGACAGGAAGACAGUUCCAGCCACUGCAAGCCAACCCACGGGGAGUCUGCCCCAGGGUCAGGGUGAUGUGGGUCUCAUGGCCCAUCGCUGCCUGGGCAAUAGGUCACCUCCUGAAAUUCUUGAUUUUUUUAAUCUCAAAGUGAAAGCAAUGACCACUUCUUUACUUCUUGUGCCAUUUUGCAGGCAGCUUAGAAGAUAAGAAGCAAAUUGGCAUUUAGUUGAUUUUCUCCUGAAAUGGAGAGUCCCCAGAACACAGGAAAGGAAUAAUUUCUUGAGAGGUCUUAGGGCAAGAUGUACAUUUCUGUAAAUUCUUUCCAUAUGUACUCAGGUUUUUAUGUGACGCAAAUUAAAUAUCAUAUUUUAGUGCCAAUAAUUAUUUCAGUCCUAAAGGCUAUGGUGUGCACAUUAUUGUAGUCCUCAAUACUUCGGUAAUGUUAUUUAAAGUAAUUCAAGAAUAAUGUGCUGUCUUGGCUUUGAAGGAAAAAUAAAAGCAUUCAACUGCAA